GUAAUAAAUAGGCCUUCCUUUGAUAAGGAUACUUACGGCUGAUAGCCAUGGUGACGACGUAGUGCGUCACGACUUGAGAAUAAUAAUUUUGUCUCAAGCGCCGGGCAUAAUUCAUCAGUAUCGCGCUAUCACGUAUUGUCAUCUGUCAUUGUCAGAUUGUAGAUAACAGCUGUUAAAAAAAAUAAAAACUUCAAAAUUUCGUGGUUGACGGCAGCCCUCAGCAGGGAGGAGAAUGUUUAAUGAAAUAUUCUUAAUUAGAAAAUUAAGGAGUUUUGUUAUUUAUUAAUAUAAAAGCGAAGCGGUAUUGGUAUCAUUUAAAUCAAAUGUGUAUUUUUAUUUCCAACAUACGCAUAGGUAGUCGCUAUACUAACGGCUUAGGAUAUACUGGUCCGCCGUCCGGUGGAAAGUUCACUAUUUUCUCAGUAUGACUUCAAGAGACCGAGACACUAAGACCCUUCAAGAUAAGUUUAAGGGGUUCUUUAAGAAAGGUGGUUCGGCUUCCGCAGGCAGUCAUCACGAGCUGGCAAUAACACCGGAGUUGCGACGUGAGCUAGGACCUGAAACACCUUUGCACCGUCGGCUUCGUGCCUUUAAAGAACUCGGAGAAAAGGCUUUGCACACUCGUAUACAAGAGGGUGAAGUAGAAAAAAUUUGGGCUAGUACUAGGGAUUUGCUUGAGGAUGUAAAUGUGGAACCACGGCAAGCUGUAUUGGGUUUGCUUUGCUGCAUAGCAGAGGGACAGCCCGAUUUACUUCUGAUGCGCUCGGUGCUGUUUCGCUAUUUGCGUGAGGCGCCACCACACUGCCGUCCGCAGGACUUCGCACUAAGAUUUAAGCUGUUACAUGCACUCACAAACUCUGGCAAGGACAUCAAGUGCUUGGAGGAACAGAUCGGGCCACUGCUGGUGCAGUGGCUGGGCGAGACGGCGGACGAGUCUGCUGGCGAAGUCAGGGCGCAGCUGCCGGCGCUGGUGUCCCUUGCCACGAACGUAGUGAAGUUCAAUGCCGUGUACCUGGAGGAGGCUGAUGUGCACGCGCUGGUGGAGCGCGCGUGUCGGCUUGCGGCGCACGCCCCCGACGCUCCGCCUGUACUGGCGUGUCUGGCGCUGCUCGAGGCCGUGCUGAGCUACUCGCUGCUGCCGCGCGGCGCCCUGCCGUCGCUAGUCUCGGCGCUGUGCCGCACCGUCAACCAUGAGCACUACUGCCAGCACAGCUGGCGACUCAUGCGUCACGUCGUCGGGGGUGACGUGGGCUACGCGGCGCUCGGCGAGCUCACGGCGGCGGCGGGCGCGGAGGAGGCCGGCGUGGCGCGCGGCGCCGUAUUCUUCCUCAGCUCGGCGCUGUGGGGCGGGCGUCGUGUGCCCACGCUGCAGGUGUCGCCGGCGGCCGUGCUGCCCGCGUUGCGCCGGACGCUCCGCUUGCGCCACGCCGUGCUCGCGUACGAGCUGCUGGUGGCCCUGCACACGCUGGUGGCGCGGGCGCACGCUGACCUGCACUCUCUGGCCUGGGACCUGCUGCUCGACAUCGUGCAGGACGUCGUCGACCUCGACCGGAGCUUCGAGCCGCCGAACGACCUGGUCCACUCGCGGUUGCACGCGCUCAUCUCGUCCGUCGAGGAGCUCCAGGAGGCGGGUCAGUUUCGCGGCGACCCCGAGCGGCUGCUGGAUCUGUUGGAUCUCUGCGGCCACGAGCGACCCGAAGCCUCCGUCGUGCGCCUCAUCUCGGCGCGUGGCGCCGCCCUCGACGGCCACUCGGCGACGGCGGCGCUCGCCCUGGCCGAUCGCUACGUGCGCCGGGAGCCGCGCCUGGCCGUCCGCCUGCACGCGCUGCAGACGUUGCUGGCCUACAUCCGCCGCACGCGGUGCUCGGCGCGCGAGGAGAUCGCCGAGCGCGUGGGUUGCGCGCUGGCCGGACUGUGCGCCGGGGACGCCGAGUGCGCCCUCCGCGCGGCCUCCGCCCGGGCCCUGCCCGACCUGGCCGCGCUCUGCUCGCCCGACGCCUGCAUCGACCUCGUCGACCAGCUCGAGAAGAUCCUGAACCGGCCGUUCGAAAUGUACGUGUCGGAUGUGUCCAUCCCGGCGGACGCGGACACGAGUGACGCGGCGGCGGCGCGGGCCGGCCUCGCCGGAGUGCUACACGAGCGGCUGCCGCGGGCGCCCGCCGCGCCGGCCGCCCGAGCGCUGCUCGUGCUGCUGGACCACCUGGACCUGCACUACCGCCGUCCCGCGGUCUACCUGCACCACCCGGAGUUGCGUCGCGCCAUCCUCGACAUGCUCUUCGCGCUGCGGACCAACUCUUUCCACUGGGUCGGCUUCUGCUACGACGCGGCGGGCGCGGCCGUGUGGGGCCCGGCGGCCCUGCGUCUGCGGCCGGUCUGCUCGCCCUACCUGGUGGCCGAGCCGCCAGCCGCCCGCGGCGCUCCCCCGCGGGAACCGACGCAGGCCGCGGCCGGCGCCUGUGCCUUUCCCGCGGGCCGCGCGGCUCGCGUGCUCGUGGCGGCCGUGUCGCGAGAGGCCGAUUGGCGCGUGACGGCGCACGUGCUGCGCGCGCUGCCGCACCUGCUGCAGGCGCGCGCCCUCGCGCUCGGCCGCCGCGCGCAAGACAUCGACCUGCUGGCUUCGACCCUCUGCUCCGUGGUAUCGGAGGCGGGCGGCGGUGCGGUGUCGGUGUCGGAACUGCAUGCGGCGGCGCUGCCGGCGCUGGCCGCCAUGGCGCCCUACAACGCCUUUCUGGAGCCGCACACCCAGCAGCGGGUCGUGCGGUGCCUCCUGAAACACGGUAUGGCGCUGCGCGCGCCGCAGCCGUACAUCGCGGCGCUGACGCUCUUCGCGCUGGAGAUGCGCGAGACGAUGGUGCGGAUGCUGCCCGAGGUGCUGCUGGACCUGUCCAAGAUCUCGGAUACGGCGGCCAUCGCGAGCCCCAUGCUUGAGUUCUUGUCGACGCUGACGCGGCUUCCCAGCGCCUUCGCCUCGUUCGUGGAAGACCAGUACAUGUCGGUGUUCGCGAUCCUGCUGCCGUACACGAACCCGUCGCGCUACAACCACUACGUGGUGUCCCUCGCGCACCACGUGAUCGCCGCCUGGUUCCUCAAGUGUCGCCUCUCGUACCGCCGCAACUUCGUGCGUUUCAUCAUUCACGGCCUGCACAACUACGUCAUCGUGCCCUUCGAGGAGCGGCUGCAGAGGGGCCACGCCCCCGAGCCUACCAACGAGGACUCGUCCAACCGCCAGCGCAGCUCCAGCCUGGGCUCGCGUGCGACGCCGCGGCCUCUGGCCGGAAGGACGGAGAGAGCGACAGGAUCCAGCGCUCCCGCUGCCUUCCACGUCGAGCUCACAGAGACGUGCGUGGACCUGCUGGCGCGCUACACCUUCACGCCCUGCAGCGUCAAGCCGCACAGGAGCGAAGCGGCGGAGUUUCUGCUGCGGGGCGGUCAGGCCACCACGUGGCUGGUCGGGCACAAGCUGCUCACCGUCACCACGUCGGGCUGUACGCAGGUGGCAGCACGACGCGGCCUGUGCGAGCGUUGCGCCACCCUCUGCCGACCCGCCGAUGCCUCCCGGCCGACCCUCGUCGACCCGCCCGACGACGACGGCGCCGACGUCGAACGACAGGUGUCGUCGGACAACAGAUCGACGGACCUCCUGGCCGACGCGAUCGAGCAGUUCACGCGGCGACUCGACAGAAUAUCGAAGGAGGCGGCGGGGCCGGAGAGCGAAGGCCGCCGCGCGCCGGAGGGCGGAGCGUGCGGCUGCCGCUGUGCGCGUUGGGCCCAGCUGCACGUGCGAUCGCCCACCGGCGACGUGGCCUGGCUGCUGCGCAUGCAGAACCACGUCAGCGCCCCGCAGCUGCACGACUGGCCGCUUCAUGACGUACUGGCGCUGCUGUCGCCACCGGUGGCGGAUGAGUCGCAGACGAGCCGAAGGCCCCAGGCGGCGGAUCUGCACAAGUCGAGCUCGGACUCCGUGGUGGCCGGAGACCGGCGCCAGGCGCAGCCUCCGGCACCGCCGUCGCAGCGCACUUUGGGCACGCAGCCCAUCAAUAUCCCGAGUUCGCCGCAGCGCAUGCCCACCGACGACGACGAUAUGCUGCUCGUCGUCCCCGAGGGUAAGAGUCGACACCCGGUGCGACGCUCCAACUCCUCGCCCGAGAUGUCGUCCUCGUGGAAGAUAGGCCUCCGCGAGCCUCCCGGCCCCGCUGCCGUAGACGACGCUCCGGAGAGUGGCGGCGCGCCCGAUGACGAGAUGAUUCCGCUGCCGGUCUGCGAGCCCACGACCGCCGCGACGUCGCUGGCGUCGAAGAAGGCGAAAAAGAGCGACCUGCGCGUGUCGUGCGAGGCCAUCCCCGAAGAGAGCGGCACCUCCCCCCAGCCGCCGCGGCUGCACCCCCACCUCGUCACCUACAACUCCGACCCCGGGGACGCCGAAGCCGCGCCCCACCACCUGCAAAAGACGAGCAGCGACAGCACGGUCCCGCUGGCGGCCGACGAGCUCCCUCCGCUGGCGCGCUCCAAGCGGUCUAACACCAUCUCCGUCAUGAGCCCCACCGACCGCGCCAGGUAUCGGCCCGGACGGGAUGGAGCCACGAGUGGAGGCGCGGCGGCGGCGGCGGGCAGCGUUUCGCCGUCCUUCGUGUUCCUGCAGCUGUACCACAACAUGAGCACUCGGCCCCUGUCGCCGGCCGUGCCGGGCGAGGCGCCAACGCCGCUGGGGGCCGCGUGCGAGCGGCCGCUGCGCGUGAGCGGCGCGCAGCACGAGCGCACGCUGAAGAACAUUGACCUGGUGCCGCCUAUAGAGACGUACAAGGUGGGAGUGCUGUACGUGGGGCCCGGUCAGGCGGACGACGAGGUGGCCAUCCUGCGAAACGAGUACGGCAGCGUGCGCUACUCGGAGUUCGUGCGCGGCCUGGGCGCUCUGGUGCCGCUGGCGGGCGCCGGCGACGGGCUGUUCCUGAGCGUGGAAGGCGGCGGACGCGACGGCCGCUACACGUACGUGUGGAGCGACGACCUGCUGCAGGUGCAGUACCACGUGGCGACGGCCAUGCCGCUGGCUCCGGGCGACCCCACCUGCAACGAGAAGCGCAAGUACGUCGGCAACGACUACGUGUCCAUCGUGUACAACGACUCGGGCCGCGAGUUCGACAUCCUGACGAUCAAGGGCCAGUUCAACCUGUGCGUGGUGGUGGUGGAGCCGGCCGAGGGUGGGCUGAGCCGGGUGCUCGUCAAGACCAAGAGCGAGCGCAUCCGCAGCAAGUUCCUGGCGCACCUGGCGCCCGCCGUGCUGUCGGACGCCAACGCGGCGGCGCUGGCCCGCCAGCAGGCGCUGCACUGCGCUCUGGCGUCGCAGAUCUCGCAGUCGCUGGAGAGGCCCGGCGCGCCGCCUUACGCCUCCAACUGCCUAGAGCGGCUGCGGCUCAUCAAACGCCUCCGAGCGCGCGUCGAGGCCGAGCGUCGCGCACAAGCCGCUCGCGCGCCGCCGCCGUAUCAUGCCUCGCCGCACUCGGCGCACGCGCAGCGCCGCGUCGCCAUCGACGACUUCAACGACUACACCUAGCGGCCGACGGCCGCGCGAAUUAGUUUGGGCAGCUGAGAGCGACGCGCCGUUCCGUGCUCGCGAAAGCGGAUGCACGAUGAUUGUUUUAUUGUGACGUGUGAUAGCUUUUAUCAAUUAUAAAAACACAAUAUUAAUAAAAUAUUAUUGAACUACGUUGUACGAAUUUCUUGAGGGUUCUCGACGCUGUACACCGUUUUUUACAAUAAAAACCCGAUCGCAAA